AUGCUGGACUCCAGCCCCUCCGGCUCUUCCGAGCGAUACUUGAGCAUUGGCUCUCUUAAUCCGUACGUGCAUCGGUGGCAAAUCAAGGCCCGAGUGGUUGACAAGAGCCCUUUGCAGACUACAAAGAACAACAGCAGGUUCUUUCAUGUUGAUAUCACGGACUCUGCAGGAGAUAUAAUCAGAGCUAAAUUUUGGAGCGACGCCGCAGAAAAGUGGCAUGGUGCCCUGGAGAAGGGCAAGGUCUACUGCUUCUCUCGAGGGAGAGUCAAUGUAGCGAACAAACGAUUUUCAACGUUGAAUAACAACUAUGAGCUCUCCUUCUCUGCUGAUGCAGACAUAAAUCCAGCUGAUGAUGACGGCUUGUGCUCGAUGCCCCUCCGCAACAUUUUCAACUCUACUAGGGAAUGCCCCUUCCCCACCGACGUGCUGGCCGUUGUUAUUGAGGCUCAGCCUGUGUCCUCGGUUACGGCACGGAGCAGCGGCGAGGAGCUCAAGCGUCGUGUGCUGCGAGUUCGAGACAAAUCACAGAUGGAGAUGGAGAUCAGUCUGUGGGGAGAACAGGUUGACUGUAUUACCGAGACCGCAGCCCUCCCUCAGGUUUACGGCCUUACAGGGCUCAACAUCCGAGACUGGAGGGGAGCUCGAAGCGCGAGCAGCACCAAGUCUACCCAAAUAAUCAAGGCUGGCAGUGGCCUCCUUCAGCCGGAGGAAGAAACCGCAGCAGCGGAGAUGCUGCAGUGGUACACAACGACGGGCAGCAGUCUUUCCUUCCUGAGCAUGUCAAGAGCGGGCUCCACUGGUGAGGGGGCUGCUAACGAUCGAAAGCCCGUGCAGGAACAGAGUAUUAAGGACAUUAAGGACAGGAACGAACCAGGAGUGUUUGCCUUCGUUGGUCAAGUUCGGAGGGUGUACUGGAAGCCACGGCAGCAGCAGCAGCAACAGCAACAGCAACAACAGGACAUCUAUGCAUACGCAGCCUGCCCCACGUGGCAAGCUUUGCUGGGCUCCCCUGCUUCGGAAGUACGACGUUGGGAUUCUGAAAAGAAGCAGACUUUCUUUGAUUGGCAUUCCAUUUUGAAGAGUCACUUUCGAGUGAUGGUCAGGGCAGAGUUGGAUAACUACAACGGAGAGCAACGGAUGCGCUACACUGCCCUUCGAGUGGAGGCUUUGGAUGCCCACAGCCUGGCGAUGCUGCUGCACCAGCAGCUCAAAGUUGCAGUUCCAUCGGCCACUGACUUUGCGGAGAGCAAAAAGGCAAAACUUCAGGUGAUCUCACGCCACCAAACAUGGCAGAUGGCAAAGCACGCAUGCAUGUGGAGUGAGCGUUGCAUCAAAGUUGUGUUAUGUCUGCUGUUGAUUCAGCUUGAUAACCAUGGAGAUAUCUCGGAGCCAAAUGCCAAGCGAUCUUUAGUCGAGGCACACUGA